AUGCUUUCGGAUCCGGCAUCUAAUGGUGACAGCGUAUUCGAUGGAAACAGGGGCGGCAUAAUCAUGGCUGCGAUACUCGCGACAACAGUUCCUGCAUUAAUUGCUGUUGCGCUGCGAGCCUAUGUGCGGGUCUUCAUGCUCCACCACACUGAUCAGUCUGACUAUGUGAUGGCCGUUGCAUUGCUGUUCACCUUGGUGGGUGGCGCAUUGUCCAUCGUCUCUGUCAUUCAUGGCACGGGGAGGCAUACCGUCUAUGUCGCGCGUCAUGAUAUUGUCGACGCCUUGUUUUACUUCUUCCUCGCCGAAUGCUUCUACCUGUGGACGAUUGGGCUGGCCAAGAUUUCGAUCGGGCUGGCCCUACUCCCACUUUCCCUGAAGGCGCUAUACAGACGGAGCAUCCGGAUAAUCAUCGUCUCAAUGCUUAUCUACACGACCGCCCGAUUCUUCACCAUAAUAUUUCAAUGUACCAAAGUCAAAAGUUCUUGGGAUCCCUCGGUCCGGUCCCACUGCUACUCCCAAGAAGUCUCGGAAGCUCUUAUGUACUCAUAUUCGGGUCAGCUUUGGACCGCACCCUCUGGCCUUGUCUCUAGCGAGGUGUAG